AUGAAGGACUCAGGUGGUAUUCCUCUGGCCUGCAAGCUGUGUUAUGCUGUGGGUGGGGUCCCACAUCUGAUCACCUCAGUAGCUAUUGGUAUUUCCUUGCAAAUUUUCCUUCUGGAUGUUGUAAAGAUGGAGGCCUUCUAUGUUUCCAUGAUUUUAUUUGUGAGUCGGGCCUGGGAUGCUGUGACUGACCCUCUGGUUGGAUAUCUUGUGAGCCGCAGUAACUGGACGCCCAUUGGCAAACUCACUCCAUGGAUGGUUAUUUCCACUCCAUUUGGCAUCUUGUCCUAUCUGCUUCUGUGGUUUGUGCCACGAGGCUCGAUGUCUGAGACUGUCUGCGUGUUGUGGUUCCUCACAGCGGCUUGCCUAUUCGAGUCCCUCAUGACUUGCUACAACGUCCCCUACCUAUCACUGAAUAUGUUUCUGGGAGGAGAUCAGAGAGACAGGGACUCUGCCACAGCCUACAGAAUGAGUGUGGAGAUGGUGGCAAUGCUGCUGGCAUCAGUAAUUCAGGGGCAAGUUGUGGCUGUGUACAACACAGAGAAGCAGGAGGCCUGCCGGGAAACACCUCAAAGCACGUCUUCACCACAGACUGCUUCCUUUCAACAGACACAAAGGGCUUUCCUGACCUCAGCUAUGGUCAUGGGUGCCUUGUUUUUCCUCUGCAGCCUGAUUUUGUUCCUCGGGGUGAAGGAGAAGCAGGCCUCUCGCUGCUCUGAAGAUAAAGUACGACCUUCCUAUUUGAGCUCGCUGAAGAUGCUCACAUGCCACGUUCCUUACCAAAGGCUCGUGCUGGGCUUUGUGUUUAGUGCAUUUGCCUUUCAGAUGUCCUUGGGUAACUUUGCACUGUUUUGCAGUCAUGCUGCUGGGCUGGGAGCCCAGUUCCAGCACCUCCUGCUGGUUUUACUGGUUUCUGCCUCUGUAGCAGUUCCUGUGUGGCAAAUAAUUCUUCUGAGAAUUGGGAAAAAGUCCACCGUUUUCAUCGGAUUGUCGCUCUUCAUCCCAGCAGUGAUUAUAGUUGCCUGUGUUCCCAGUAACCUGCUGGUCUUCAUGAGUAUGUGCGUUCUGAUGGGAUUCAGUGUGGCAACCAUAUUCCUGCUACCCUGGUCAAUGCUUCCAGACGUGGUGGAUGACUUUGCUGUGAGACACCCGUCCUGUAAGGACCUAGAGCCCCUGUUUUUUUCCUGCUAUGCCUUCUGCAGUAAACUGACAGGAGGGCUGUCUGCUGGACUCUCAACCAUGACAUUACAGUUUGUGGGCUAUGAAGCAGGUUCUUGUAACCAUGGUGACAGAGUGGCGACUGCUCUGAUCGUACUGUUCUCGCCAGUUCCCGUCACACUUCUGCUGAUAGGGAUGGUGUUUUUUCACUUCUACCCAAUUAACGAGAGGCAAAGCUUGCAGCUCCGGGAACAAAUCCAUUCAGAAGUUACAUCAUCAUCUUCAGAGCGAAGAGAAAACACAGAGCUGCCAACAAUCCUGCAGCAGGCCCACGCUGGAGUCACAUCAACAUCACAUUAUGACUCAAACACAUUAAAAUUUGAGAACUUACCACACUGUUACAGUCAGGAUAAAAUAAAUUCAGUCAAGUCUGUUUGUUCAAAUGUUUCCAACAGAUCUUUUGGAAAUGGCAGCAGGCAUAAAGCAGAUCGGUUAAUUGUAAGUCCUCGAUGUCAUGAACAAAGCCCUCACCAGUGCUCAGGAUGGGCCAAACUGGGCAUAAAUGUUCCUGAGAAUCAUUGCGAGUCUGCCUCUAACAGGUCGCAUGUGAGAGCCAAGGUGUCAUGGGUUUGA